CUCGGCCACCGUCCGUCGGCGCUCAGCAUAUUUUGUCCGCCGGCCGCCGCCGUUUCGGAUUACUCACCGAUCCGAGUUGUGAGGGAGAGGCGUCUGUUUCGGGGAAGCCGGCUAGUGUGGCCGGCACCAUGGAGUCGCCUUUUAGUCCGGGAUUUCCUCGCGGUCCAGAGGAAGACUGGGAGUCCACCUUGUUUGCUGAGCUUGGCUAUUUCACAGAUACUGAUGAGGUGCAGUUCGAUGCAGCAAACGAAACUUACGAAAAUAAUUUUGAUCAUCUUAAUUUUGAUUUGGAUUUGAUGCCUUGGGAGUCAGACAUUUGGAGCUCCAGCAGUCACUUCUGCUCAGUUAAAGACAUUAAGGCAGAAGCCCAGCCUCUUUCUCCAGCUUCCUCAAGUUGUUCAGUCUCAUCUCCUCGGUCCAUAGACUCCUGUUCUUCAACUCAGCAUGUUCCUGAGGAGUUGGAUUUGUCUUCCAGCUCCCAGUCUCCCCUUUCCUUAUAUGGUGAAAGCUGUCAUAGCCCCGCCUCAGUAGAGCCACUGAAGGAAGACAAGCCCGUCAUCAGUCCUGGAAACAAAACUGAACAUGGACUGACUCCAAAGAAAAAAAAUCAGAUGAAUUCAAAACCUUCAGUUCAGCCCAAGCCUUUAUUACUUCCAGCAGCACCCAAGACUCAAACAAAUGCCAGUGUUCCAGCAAAAACCAUCAUUAUUCAGACACUACCAGCCCUUAUGCCACUGGCAAAGCAGCAGUCAAUUAUCAGUAUACAGCCUGCACCCACUAAAGGUCAGACUGUUCUGCUCUCCCAGCCCACUGUGGUUCAACUUCAGGCCCCUGGAGUGCUGCCUUCUGCUCAGCCUGUUCUUGCUGUCGCAGGAGGAGCCACCCAGCUACCUAACCAUGUGGUGAAUGUGGUGCCAGCCCCUGUGGUGAACAGUUCAGUGAAUGGAAAACUUUCCGUGACUAAACCUGUCCUACAAAGUACCACAAGAAGCGUGGGUUCAGAUAUUGCUGUGCUGAGGAGACAGCAGCGGAUGAUAAAGAACCGCGAGUCUGCCUGUCAGUCCCGCAAGAAGAAGAAGGAGUACAUGCUGGGGCUGGAGGCCAGGUUGAAGGCUGCCCUCUCCGAGAACGAGCAGCUCAAGAAGGAGAACGGUUCCCUGAAGCGACAGCUUGAUGAGGUGGUGUCAGAGAACCAGAGGCUUAAAGUCCCAAGUCCAAAGAGAAGAGCUGUCUGUGUGAUGAUUGUCCUGGCAUUUAUAAUGCUGAACUAUGGGCCCAUGAGCAUGCUGGAACAGGAUUCCAGGAGAGUGAAGCCCAGCGUGAACCCUGCAAAUCAAAGGAGGCAUCUUUUAGAAUUUUCCACUAAAGAAGUAGAAGACACAUCAGAUGGUGUCAACCAGAAAAACAGCUACAGAUAUGAUCAUUCUGUUUCAAAUGACAAAGCCUUAAUGGUGCUCACUGAAGAACCACUACUUUAUAUUCCUCCACCUCCCUGUCAGCCCCUGAUUAAUACAACAGAGUCUCUCAGGUUGAACCAUGAGCUUCGAGGCUGGGUUCAUAGACACGAAGUAGAAAGGACCAAGUCAAGAAGAAUGACAAAUAACCAGCAAAAAACAAGGAUUCUCCAGGGUGCUCUGGAACAGGGCUCAAAUUCUCAGCUGAUGGCUGUCCAGUACACAGAAACCACUAGCAUCGGUAGAAAUUCUGGGAAUGAACUGCAAGUGUAUUAUGCUUCACCGGGAAGUUACCAAGGCUUCUUUGAAGCCAUCCGCAGAAGGGGAGACACGUUUUACGUCGUAUCAUUUCGAAGGGAUCACUUGCUAUUACCAGCUACCACCCAUAACAAGACCACAAGACCAAAAAUGUCAAUUGUAUUACCAGCAAUAAACAUAAAUGAUAACGUGAUCAAUGGGCAGGACUAUGAAGUGAUGAUGCAGAUUGACUGUCAGGUGAUGGACACCAGGAUCCUCCACAUCAAAAGCUCCUCUGUUCCUCCUUAUCUCCGAGAUCAUCAGAGGAACCAAACCAACACCUUCUUUGGUUCCCCUCCAGCAGCCCCGGAGACGACCCAUGUUGUCAGCACCAUCCCUGAGUCCUUACAGUAGUCCCUGGGCUGCACUGGAAAGCAAGGGGUGGACUGCCAAUCGGAAGGGCCGCUGAGCAGUGCUGCCCUCUGCUCCUUGCCUAGUGGAGAACUAACUGCCUCGUGCUGUGACUCAGGGAAAGAGAACCAGUGCUGACUUUCACCUCUACCCGCCUGUGCGGAACGUCUGGAGCGCCUUCCUCGUGGCGCGCGGCCGUGUGGAAGUGUUGCCGGCGUUGGUUACUCUGUUGUGUCUCUCUUCACUGCUUUUCCUAUUUUGGGAUGUGUCUUGUUCUUAGUCACCUCCCUCCAGAUAAGGCCUACUUCCUCUUUUGUCCACUGCACUUCCUGGCCCAGUAAAGCGAUUUUCUUUAAAGUUUCAGAACACAUGCCCAUGUGGUUUCCACCAAUUGGCUUUCUCUCUCCUUUAACUCAAAUCCAUUCUGAAUCUCAGACUUGAGAAAACACAUUUCAAAAAUCUGAACAGCCAAAAGCAUCCCACAGAGUCAGAACAGUUUAGGGUUUGGGGUAAAGGGAUCAUCCCCAGUUGGUAAAGUUUACUUUUACUUGUGAUUUGUGGUUCAGCCCUGAACAAAUAACUGUUGUGGGGUCAGAGAGUGAGCCACACCCCGCAGAGAAGGGGAGGGAAGGCCAGUGUGGGUGAGGAAGAGGCGGUGACUCCAUUCACACGUGUGUUUAAACACGGGUUCCCACGGCAGCAGUGUGAGUUUAGAGCCCCGGCUGCCAACGCUGCCAGUCUGCACAGAUCCUGAAGGACCUCAGGGCAAAUGCUUCCUUCCCAUUGUGAGUCCUCAGCCCAGGACACACUUCUGUGAAACCAGACUCGGCCAAGGAACGUGGAGGUGACUUCAGAUUUAAGCGCAACUAGAGCGUGUUCCCUUAAGGACUGGCAGUGCCCUCAGCCAGCAUGGAUUCCCACUGAGAGGCCACACCAAAAACUUUCACUUUCUCCAGUGGAAAGGUGAUAAAGAAAGUAGCUCUCUUAGUCCACAGUGGGAAAAAGAAAGAAAAGAAGGAA